AUGCGUUUUCUAGCCUUCAUCGGGCUGUCCAUUGUCACGCUGGCGACUCAAAGCCAAGCGCAGGUCAAUCAGACCUUCCACAACCCGAUCUUGCCAGGCUGGAACUCAGACCCCAGCUGCACGUUUGUUAAGGAGUGGGAUGAUACCUUCUUUUGCACCACGUCCUCCUUCCUGGCCUUCCCUGGUGUCCCUGUCUACGCCAGCAAGGAUCUAGUCAACUGGAAGCUGGCCAGCAAUGCCUUGACGAAGCCGGACCAGCUGCCAGAGCUGUUCAGAAACUCGGGGCAAAGUGAGGGUAUCUGGGCUUCCACUAUCCGAUACCACGAGGGGACUUUCUACUUGAUCACAUCAUACGUCUCGUGGUAUGGAGGGUGGGGACCAAUCGUCCUACUCUUCAGAACCGAUGAUCCGUACGACGACUCUGCCUGGGAAGGACCGCUUCGUGUCGAGAACCCCGCCAACGACAUCGACCCAGACUUGUUCUGGGACUCUGGAAAGGUGUACAUGUCGGUUGCUGCUGGGAUAUACAUCAGUGAGAUCGACCUCACGACGGGUUCGGCCACAGAGCCCAUCAAAGUGUGGAAUGGCACGGGCGACCGCAACCCCGAGGGACCGCAUCUAUAUAACAAGGAUGGAUACUACUACUUGCUCAUCGGCGAGGGCGGCACGGAGACGAAUCACUCAGUUACCAUCGCGCGUGGAAAGGAAAUCGCAGGCCCCUACGAAGGAUUUGAGGGCAACCCGAUCCUGACAGCCAAGAAUACUGACGAGUACUUCCAAACCGUCGGUCAUGCGGACUUAUUCCAGGACGCUGUUGGAAACUGGUGGGGUGUGGCGCUGGCAACGCGCUCUGGACCAGCUUGGGAGAUAUUUCCAAUGGGCCGCGAGACAGUCUUGUACGCCGUAACGUGGGAUGAAGGAGAGUGGCCAGUCUUGGACAUGGUGAGAGGCACGAUGACCGGGCCGCUGCCCCCGACAAACAAGGACAUUCCGGGAGAUGGUCACUGGAUCGACGAGCCUGAUGUUGUCGACUUUACGCCGGGCUCUGCUCUGCCUAGACACUUCUUCUUCUGGCGCCCUCCGAAGGACUCACUCUUCGCCAUCUCCCCGGAAGGAAAUCCGAACACGUUGCAGAUAUCUCCCUCUCCAACCAAUCUAUCGGGUACUCCUGACUUCAACCCGAAAGAGGAUGGACUCGGAUUCAUUGCGCGGAAGCAAAGUGCUACCCUAUUCAACUACACCGUUGAUGUCGACUUCAAGCCCGAGGUUGAAGACGAAGAAGCCGGCGUCACGGUCUUCUUGACACAAGUGCAACACAUCGACCUCGGAAUCGUCAACUUGCCGGCUUGCUCCGGGACGAAGCUGAUUCCACGAUUCAGGUUCAGAGUUGAGGCCUCUGGAAAGCCCAACAUCACGGUGCCGGAAGAAGUCAUUAUUCCGGUGCCCAAGGAGUGGCGUUCGGAGAAGAUUCGUCUGACAGCGUCGGCGGUUAGCGACACCGAGUAUGUGUUCGGCGCUGCUCCAGCUUCAAGGCCCGAGGAGUAUCUGGAAAUCGGUUCCGCCAGCGGCUUGAUUGUUUCUGGUGGCAGUGGACCAUUCACUGGCACCAUAAUAGGAGCGUAUGCGACGAAUAAUGGCGGGGAGGGCAAGACUCCUGCGUACUUUAGCAGAUGGAGAUAUGAUCAGGUUGCGCAAAAGAUUGACGACAGCACACUGGUGCCUGCAAAGUAA